AUGACUUUAUAUCUAAGAUCUAAAUAUUUUGCAGUAUUUCUGUUUCUAUACACAGUAAAAUUGGUCAGAUGUGUAUAUCAAACUCCAGAAUACACGGUUAAUAGAAUAAAUUUACUAUUUCAGAGAUUUUUAAUAGAGUCUAAUAUUAAAAUAAACUAUGAGAUAACCAAAUCUUUGGCAAGAUCAUUAGAUCUAACUGCUGGGGAAACCUUUCAUGAUCAAUUCCAAACUGUUAUAGAUGAUUGUGAAAAAAAAACUUCAAGUACCUUAUCAGCUACUGGAAAUAAUGCAUCAUUAUCACGAAGUAUUUGUAAGAAUGUAUUACAUGAACAUGUAAAACUUGUUCUCAAUCGCCAACACUUUGCUGAAAAUAUUUAUGAAGUAAUUUCUAAUUCACUCCAAGAAAUACCUUCAAAUAAUACAAAAAGUCCUAAUGAACAGUCUUAUCCACUAAAAAAUUCAAUAUUUAUAACUCCUGAAGUCAGUUAUCUUAUAUCAGAUCUAUUACCUUUAAAUCCUUCUCUUGAACAAUGUGUUGAAUCAAUUUUACGUGUUUUAUCCUUGCCAUUUGGCUUUACAGAGAGUCAAGCAAACAUAGUAUGUAAAGAUAUACUGGAGAUGCGAAGAAUUAGAGGCUACUAUUGCUCUAAAGAUAAAAUUCCUAAUAACCUGCAAUAUAUUUUUCCCAAAAAAAGUGAUAAUAGCUGCUCUAAAUAUAAAAUAAAACUAACUCCGUUUAAAUCUGUUCCAGAAACCUUAAAUUUUGAAUCAUUCGAUAUAAUCGGUGGUCUGUCAUGUAAUAAUAAUAAAAUAAGUAUUGAAAGUGAUACUAUUAUUAAAAAACCUAAUUUAUUAUUUUUACCAUUCAUAAAUUCCCCAGUUAUAUCAAUUAAAAAAUCCGAAAGAUCCCUUAAAUAUAAUAUGGGUAAAAGUAGUAUAUCCCCAGAAUUAUUAACUGAAAGUGUAACUGAGGUUCAAGAACUUAAGGUUUCUGAAAAAUUAAUAUUCAAUGAUGAUAUUUAUACUGAUUUAAUAUUACCAUGUAAAUUACUGACUUAUGAAGAAAAAAUACUAGCCUCUAUGUUGGUAUUUAUAAGCAAUUCAAUGCAACUUCCUUUAGACGCAAUAGAAGCAUGUAUAGUGAUAACUAGAACUGUGACCUCAUCUACUAUCGUUGUACCUAAUCAGAAUGAUAUCUCUCAGCAAAAAGCUGGGAUUAUAUCUACCCAGAUAAUCAACUUCUUUAUUCCUACAUGUAUUAACUCUCUAUUAACAAUUUCAAUAUUCGUACCACUAAGUAACUUUGCAAAUAGCUAUUUAGCACCCUUAGAAACAUCUGAGUCUGCUACAAAAAUUUUAGGCAAGAUAUGUGGCAAGGUUAUGGAGAAUUUUGUAGAUAUUUUUGGAACUAUUAGCAUAGAACAGCAGUUUGAGUGUAAUAUUAUUCAUACUCUAAUUAUUAAUUCCCUCCAAGAACAAAUAUGGAAUAAGGCAGGUGCAUUGUUUACAACAAGAGAACUAUCCAAUAUAGUAUGUAAAUUAAACUUUGAAUAUUCAGUAUCACAAGUUGUAAGUGAUUGCUCUAUUUUAUUCUCUAAGUAUAUUAAAGAGAUACCAAAGGAUUUGGUUUCCACAAUUUGUCAAUCCAUACUAAGUUAUGUGCAGCCUCAACCUUUAGUCGUUAGGCCCAUUAUAUAUACUAUUACAUCAAUAUUAUCUGAGCUUGUAAACUCCGUUAAUCAAUAUGCAAAGAAAAGUAUUAGAUCACUUAUUGACAUAGGGACACAAAUAUUAGACUCAUGCCUGGGUAGAGAAGAUUGUAUAGAAUCUUAUGAAUCUUCUUGUAAAAAGGCAUUUUUAGAUUUAUCAUCAAUUGAAGGAAUGACAAUUAGUGAAAUUGAAUUCAUUUGUGGGAACUCAAAAAGUUUGGUGAUUAAGGUUCUAUCUAACUUCUCAAUACCAGAAUACCUACUUAAAUAUCACAAGGCUCAAUUUAAAAGUAGAAUUGCAAUAAUACAAAGUAAUAUAUCAAUAUAUUCUAAGAUACAAGAGAAGACUGGUGAGCAACUGCUUAGUUAG